AUGCUGAAACCCGCAAGACCAAGAACCAUCUUCACUGACUUUGAGAAAGCUGUCCAGAAUGCUGUAAGACAUGUUUUUGACUGUGAACUGAAAGGGUGUCUCUUUCACUAUCGACAGGCAGUUUGGCGCAAUGUCCAGAAGUGUGGUCUGCAAAGUGCCUUUGCAAACAACCCAGAUGUGAACUUAUUCGUGAGGAGAGCUUCUGCCCUACCUCUACUGAGACCUGAAGAUAUCGAAGAUUUCUGGUUCAAUGCCCUUGAAGCUGCUAACAUGGCAGACCCUUCAAUUUCGAAGUUGGCUGAUUACGUAACUGAGCAGUGGGUUGAGGGAGAAGACAGAAAUAUGUGGAACCAUUUUGACACGCUAGGUCCACGAACCACGAAUCAUGUUGAGGGGUGGCACGCAAGAAUCAACAAAAUGACCACCAACCAUCCCAACAUCUUCAGGUUCAUCACCCUUAUAAAAUCUGAACAAUCAAUGACCAGUCUGGUGGUAAGAAACGCCCCAAGAAGAAACAGUAUCGCCCACUGGAGCAUGAACUAG